UCCCGAGUGCUGGGAUUAAAGGCGUGCGCCACCACCGCCCGGCUGGUACUGAGAUUUCUAAGUCUGAAAUACUUCCACUUUAUUUUCCUCUGCUUGAUGUCUGUCUUGCUUCCUCUUCCCAGGUUUGCAACUUGGGUGUUCCUACUUCAUUCACUUCAAAUUUCAGCUAAACAUGGUGGCACACAGUUGUCAUCCCAGAACUUGGGAGGUUGAGGCAGUAUUAUGAUUUUGAGGCUAGCCUUAGCCACAUAGCAAGACCUUGUCUCAAAGCAAAAGUGGUAAGAGUACUUAUGUAGAAUGAAAAAAGUCUUGGAUCCCAUCUGUAGCAUUAGCAUUUCCAAGGUUCCUGAAGGGAGGAGGAGAGAGCCUGGGGAUGGGUGAGGUGGAAAAAUGCUCUUGGGUCUGUUUGCUCAAAGUUUCAAUGGUGGUGGAGCGAACAUCAGGUUCAAAUCAAGGGACAGGACUGGAUUUUCACACUUACUUCUCUGGGGGCCUUUUUCAGGCUGUCUGGUGGCUACUCUACGAAAUAUGGCCAAGUUCGUUCUGAAUCAGAACCUGUCUGACCUGGGCGGCCCUCGCCUCUACCCAGGCUCCACUGGGAGUGCUCGCAGCCCUAGCUCUCCCUACUCGGUGGAGACGCCCUAUGGCUUCCACCUGGACCUGGACUUCCUCAAGUAUGUGGAGGAACUCGAGCGCGGUCCUGCCUCCCGCCGAGCCCCAGGACCCCCUCACACACGACGCCCGCGGGCGCCCCGAACGGGCCUUGCCGGGGCGCGGAGCCCAGGGGCUUGGACUUCCAGUGAAUCCCUGGCCAGUGACGACGGCGGAGCGUCGGGCGCACUCUCUCCCGGGGCGUUCCCGGGACUCUUGCUACCUCCGCUGUCGCCGCGUUCCUUCUCGCGCAACCCGCGCGUGGAGCACACGCUCCUGGAGACCAGCCGACGACUAGAGCAGGCUCAGGCGCAGGCCGGGGAGCGCGCGCUCAGCCCGGUCCGUGCGGUCACGCGUAGCCCGCGCGGGUCGGGCCGCAGCAGCCCUGCCCCCAAUCCCGCCCUUGCUUCACCCGGCCCUGCCCAGCUGCAGCUGGUGAGGGAGCAGAUGGCCGUGGCGUUACGGCGCCUGCGCGAACUCGAGGACCAGGCGCGCGCUCUGCCCAAGCUGCAAGAGCAGGUGCGCGCGCUGCGCGCCGAGAAGGCGCGGCUACUGGCCGGGCGCGUGCAGCCGGAGCAAGAAGUGGAGGCCUUUGAAGCGCGCCCAGACAAACUCUCCCAGCUUCGCCGCCUCACUGAACGUUUGGCCACCUCCGAUCGCGGAGUCCGCUCCAGGGCCAGCCCCGGGGCUGACGAUCCCGACGGGUUGGCUGCCAGGCACAGCGAAGGCGCGCUGCAGGUCCUCGACCCGGCGUCUGGGACACCCGAUGGGGAACCCCAGACUCGGGAGGCGGGCACCGAAGUCGUGCCCGAGACCCAAGAGGCAGAUGCCCAGGCAGUACCUGAUACUAGGGAGGCUGGAGUGGAGGUGGCCCCUCACACCGUUGAGGUGGACACGUGGGUGACCGAGGCGCUGCUGGGGCUGCCCGAGGCUGCAGAGCGUGAGCUGGAGCUGCUCCACACGAGCUUGGAGCAUCAGCGUGGAGUGAGCGAACUCCUGCGGGGCCGGUUGAGGGAGCUGAAGGAGGCCCACGAGGCUGCAGUGGCCAGGCCUCAAUCUCGUGAGGUGGCCACCCAGACCGAAUUGGGUUGCACUGAGAAGACAACGCAGACCGAGCUCCCAGUGGAGAACCAGCCCAGACCCAUGGCUGGAGACAAGGAGGUAGCCCCUGCUGGCAUCCUCAAAUCCAUCAUGAAGAAAAAAGACGGUACUCCAGGUGCCCAAUCCAGUCAGGGACCCAAGAGCCUGCAGUUCGUUGGGGUCCUCAACGGAGAGUAUGAGAGCUCCUCCAGCGAGGAUGCCAGUGAUAGUGACAAUGAAGAUGGUGUUGAACUCCCCAGGAGUAGCUCUUCCGUGUCAGGAGAUGAUAGUGGGGGAUCUGAUGCUGGAACUCCUGGUCCCCCCAACGACCAAGACGCCGGGGACUCUGAAUGUGAGGCACAGCUAGAGCUGAAGGCAGAGACAGAAGGGAGGUGUGAACUGAGCCCGCGUUUGAGGGAGGCAUGCAUUGCUCUGAAUCGGCAGCUGAUCAGGCCUCGUGGAGUCACCAGAGACGGCAGUGCUGCUCGCCUUGUGGCCCAGGAAUGGUUUCGAGUGUCCAGCCAAAAGCGCUCGCAGGCUGAGCCUGUGGCAGAGGUGCUUCGAGGGGUGAAGAGCCUGGGGCCUGAGCUGCUGGCUCAUGUGGUGAACCUGGCAGAUGGCAAUGGAAACACGGCCCUGCAUUACAGCGUGUCUCAUGGAAAUCUGGCCAUUUCCAGCCUGCUACUGGAUACAGGUAGCUCUGGCUGGCCUGGAACUCACAAAAGAUCCGCUUGUUUCUGCUGGGAUUAAAGGCAUGUGUCACCAUGCCUGACUGCUUCCUGAGUUCUUCGGUUACACUGUCUAUCCUCAAGGGGGGAGGGGGGGUUACUCACUGCUUAGGUUUCUCACUACCACCAAGCUGUUGAACUACUGUUCACUUGCCUUCUGCUUGUUCAACCCUGCCUCAUCUUAUCCCCUCACCGAAGCAAAUACACACACCUGGAUAUGGUAACUUUAUCAAAUCUAGUGGGUACUGGCUCAAGGCAACAAUUUUCAUUGUCUAUGAAACAACAUAGAGAGGACAGUGAGCCAUAGACUAACCACUAUCCUGUUGCUAACUUCAUUAUUUUCUUUGUUGGGACCUUCAAUCCUGAUUGCUCAGUUGCUAGUCCCAUUUCACCUUCACAUCAGCAUGACACACAGUAAAAAAAAAAAUUAUUUUUGUUCUGAGGCAGGGUCUCACUGUAGAGCUCUGGCUCUUCUGGAACUUGCUCUGUAGACCAGACUGGCCUAAAACUGUAGAUCUGCCUGCCUCUGCUUUGUGAGUGCUGGGAUUAAAGUUGUGCAUGCCACCACCACCUGGCCAAUAAAUUUUUUUAAAUUCUUGUUUUUUGAGACAAGGCUCACUGUAUAGGCCUGGAACUGUGUUGCUCAGGCUGGCUUUGAACUUGUGGCCAUCCUCCUGUCUCUUUUUUUUUUGGUUUUUCGAGAGAGGGUUUCUGUGUGUAGCUUUUGGAGCCUAUCCUGGAACUCGCUCUGUAGACCAGGCUGGCCUCGAACUCACAGAGAUCUGCCUGCCUCUGCCUCCCGAGUGCUGGGAUUAAAGGCGUGCGCCAUUACCGCCCGGCUCCUAUCUUUUAAGUGCUGUGAUUACACACCCAGCAAAUUCUCCAGUUUAAAAGUCUGUGUCCUUACUCUUGUAAAGCAUUUGUGAGUGAACAGCUAUUGAGUGCACCUGAGCAGAGACUAUUAGCAAAUAAAAACAAGAGGAACACAGACACAGGAAAGAAUACCUGCAUUGCAAGAGUACAUGAGUUCGGAUAUCCAGCACCCAUGUAAGCCCCCGCUUAUGUCUGUAUCUCUGGGGCUGUCGGUGGUUGACAGACUGCAAGGCCUUACUGUCUGCCAAUCACAUAAGUGCACAUACGAAAUUGGCUGAGGAAAUAGGGGUGUAGCUUAGCUAGUGGAGUUUUUGCCCAGCAGUUUCAGUGCUGGGGAAAUGGAGGCUACACUAUAAGUUCAUGACCCAUCCUUGUCUGUGGCCAGCCUAGGCUAUAUGAGAUGCUGUCUCAAAAGAUGGCUGCCAACAGAUGCUCAUUCCCCCAUCUGUGAUGCAGGAAACUCAACCCUGACCCCCCUCCCCCAACCAAUCAGCAUGUGAGGCUUGGAUGAAGUGAUCUCUUUCUUCUUCCCAGGGGUCUGUGAUGUCAAUCAUCAGAAUAGAGCCGGCUAUUCUGCACUCAUGUUGGCUGCACUCACUUCUGUAGGGCAGGAGGAGGAAGACAUGGCUGUGGUCAAGAGACUUUUUGGC